AUGCGUUACUCAACCACCGCGAUUGUUUUGGCUGCCAUGUCCAUUGGCGAAGCCGUAGCUGGACCUACUCACGUUCACCGACACAAACAUGAGAAGAAGGCUGCUGUCGUUGAAGAUUGGACGGCAUUGGACUGGGCCGACAUGGGCAUCAACUGGUCAUCCGCUUAUGCAGCAGGUCAAGCCUCCAAGACUUCCGCCGCUGCUUCUGCGUCUACCGAUUCUAGCUCGGCUGCCGCCGUUGUCGACAACCUCGCAGAUAACAAGAUUGCCGCAUACACCACUUCUGCAUCAGUAGCUGCCAGUACCACCGCCGCUAGCUCAUCUAAAACAAGCUCUGCCAAGUCUACCGCUACCUCCUCUUCCUCUUCCUCUCUCCUCGACGAUAUCGAGGAAUUGUUCGACGAGUUGGUUGGUGCUUCCAACGGCCGAACAUCUUUCGGUACCGUCGUAGCCGCCGCUGGAGGAACUACCGAUAACUACUACGGAAACUACGGUAGUCCAUAUGGAUCCAACGUCAUCAAGGCCGACUCCUCAGCAAGUUACUCCUACACUGUUAACUUCGUCAACACCCAAUCCAAGAAAAUCACUGUCAACAUCUGGAACAAAGUUGGUCCUGACAUGCAACCACUUUCCGGAUCUGCACUUGCACCAAAGAACACCACACUCACCAUCACUAUCCCAUCUGGUGGUUCCCAAAAAGUUGCCUUCGAUGAGGACUCUCAAGUCGCUUGGGCCCAGGCCUGUAGCUCAACUGCAGCUUCAGGAGCCUUUGACACCACCUGGGGUGAGGCUCAAUUUCUCAAGACUGGUUCCGGAUAUGAUAUGUCCGCCAUCAUGAACUCUGCUGGCAACAAUUAUAACAUGACCAUCACCAGUGAGGAAGCACCAGCUUGCACCAGUGACCCAACCCAAAACUACUGGUUGACUGCUACUGAGCCAAUCGGUGACAGCGACGGCAGUUGUUACAUUUCACAAAGCACUGCUACUUUGACAGUCGUCAUGGCCGGAACUAUGUAA